GAAUAAAAGGAGAGAGAGAGAGUAUAAGAAAAGAGGAGAAGAGAGACGCUCUGCAGAAUUUUGACCUGGCCCUGAUCCGACGACCUGGAAACUCCGGCCCGGGCUUCUUCUGGGAAGGAAAAAGGGAGAAAAAUCUCUGGGCAUUCAUUUCCCGACUUCAGGAUUCUUCGAUAAAGGUUUAACGCGCCGAGUCGGACAGGGGCAGCAGCGGGCGGUGGCGGCCGGUGAAUCGAACGCGGCGAGAGAAGUUAGGGUUUGGGCCGCUGCUCUUUUUAUCAGACGAGAGAUGGAGGAUGAGGCGGAGGGGGGACGGGUGGAGGUGGGGCGGCCGGCGGUGGUGCUGGUGUGCGGGAGCCUAAUCUACUACCACUGCGCGUACCGGGAGUCAAGCCUCCUCUCCCUCCUCUCUGACGUCCUCAUCGUCCUUCUGUGCUCCCUCGCCAUCCUCGGCAUGCUCUUCCGCCAGAUGAACAUCUCGGUACCUGUAGAUCCUCUUGAAUGGCAGAUUUCUCAGGACACAGCCAAUACAAUUGCUGCAUGCUUGGCUAAUACAAUAGGGGCUGCAGAGUCUGUGUUAAGGGUUGCUGCAACAGGACAUGACAAGAGGCUAUUUUUUAAGGUGGUGGUUAUUCUAUACCUCCUAUCAGCUUUGGGACGAGUCGCUUCGGGUGCUACGGUGGCUUAUGCUGGAUUGUGCUUGCUCUGUCUGUACACUUUUGCCCAAAAUUCUGAACUGAUCAAUAGAUUCACUUCUCGGUUUUCCAAAAGAAGAGACUCUGCGGGUGGAGCUCAGGAUGCCAUAUAAUGGUUAAAUUUACAACAUUCUGGCCCCUACCUAGUCUGAUUUCUAGAGGCAAUAUUUCCUUUGGAUAGAUUGAAGACAGCAUCCAAGUUUCAUCCGUAAUUGGUUUGAUUGCAUGACAUGUAACUUGUCAAUGCAAAAGCAUCUGGAUAUCCAUUUGUGGGUGUUUGAUUUUUUUCUAUCUAUAUUUCUUCUUGUUAUUUCCUGAAAACAGUCAAAUUUCAGCUUGCAGAUCUAUAUCUUCUUGGUAAUAAUUAUUAGCUUGCAGUCCUCUUAUUGGAAUUUGUUUCAGUU